AUAAAAGUCUUAUUUUCUAAAGCUCCAUCUUUUUAGCUGUAGGAAAUUUUAAAGGUACAGCUCUUAAAGCUAAAUCAAAAAAUCCUACAGACAAAAUUCUAAAGUAAAUUUCUAAAGUUACAACUCAACCAAUCACCCCCGAAACUUCGAAUCUUCCUAACUACAGUUUAUACCAAUUUUAAAAAUUACCUCAAAAGAAAAAAAAAAUCCAUCUGCAUUACUAAUUACGAGCGAGGAGAGGAUCAAAACGAUGUAGAUAAAAUAGUAUUUACCCAUGUCUACUCGAAUUAAAGACCACAUCAAACACUACAGAAAACAUUGUAUCAUAUCAUACCAAAGUCAGGUAACUCGAGAUCUAAAAAUUCGAACUUGGUGGUCAAAUUUGAAAUCUUUGCACAUGCAUAUAAAGAAAAGCAAAACACAAUUCGAUACUUUGUUGUCAAUUCUUUUCUUCCCAGACUGAAAUACCCAUUACACUUUCCAAGGUAUCUUUUGCUUUGUAUUAGCUAUACCACAUACGUUUUUUUUUACUUUUAGUUUACUACAUAAGCCUCACAACCCACAACACAAUUCAUACUAUUUCCUAUUAAUUCCACAAAAAUGCAUAACAAGAUUGGCUCUCUACCGGUCAGAUCCGAUCCAUCAGCCCGGCCUAUAUCCCGUCACAACUCAACGAGCUACAUUGAUCGGGUCAAAGAAAGCCUUACAACAAGAGUGUCCAAAUUCAUAUGCGCUAUUUUCUUAACGGUUUUGCUAUGUUUAAGCAUUGUUUUUUUCAUCUUAUGGAUCAAUCUACGUCCUCAUCGACCCCGUUUCCACAUCAGCGAGUUCUCUCUCCCCGGUUUGGGCAACACUGACGGUUUCGAGACCUCCCAUAUAAGCUUCAAGAUAACGGCUCAUAACCCAAACAAAAAAGUUAGUGUUUACUAUGAUUCCAUGGAAGGAUCCGUUUACUACAAAGAGAAACGGGUCGGGUCGACUAAACUCACUCACCCAUUGUACCAGGACCCGAAGAACAUGAGUUUGAUCGAAGGAGUCUUACGUGGGCCCACAAUGACGGUGAAUAAGGACCGUUGGAAGCAGAUGGGACGAGACAGGAAUCAAGGGAAGGUGGUGUUUCGUUUGGAUGUAGUGUCCGUGAUACGGUUUAAGGUGUACACUUGGCACAGUAAAAGGCAUAGGAUGCACGCAAACUGUUAUGUUGAGGUCGGCUGGGAUGGCAUGUUGCUGAGCCAGACCAAAGACAAGAGAUGUCCGGUUUAUUUCACUUAACCAAAUGUGACACAAUAAUGAUUUGAACCUUUUUUUUUCUUUUUUAUUAAUAUGAUUCCAAUUUGAUUAGUUCAACAUAUCGGCUGUAUUCUAAACAUUUCUUCUAAAUGAUUCCAAAAAUUAUCCUAAAA